AUGGGCGGUGCUUUGGCCAUGACCUGGGACAAAGAUCAUUUCGAGGCCGAGGCAAAGGCUGCCGGGAAGGAAUUCUAUGAUAUGGGUAGCAAUGCCGAAGGCUUCACUCCCGAUCCCUUCCUCAACGGCAUCUGCAUGGAGAAGACUGUCAAAGGCAUGAACUCAGCUGGAGUCAUCACCAUUGGACGCCAUCUGCUGCUUAAUGAACAGGAAACCAAUCAUGCCACUCGCGCUGGCAUGGAAGCCGUCACGGGUGCGAUGACCAGGGUCAACGGUACCUUGUCUUGCGAAAACAGCAAGCUCGUGAGCGGUCUCCUCAAGGAAGAGCUCGGGUUCCUAGGCCUAGUGAUGCCCGAUGUCAACUCGCAAACCACAUCGUAUGGCUGUGCCAAUGCUGGUCUCGACUUUGGCUCCAGCAACUACUGGACCGCCGACAUUCUCAACGCGGGUAUCGCCAACGGCUCCUGCACACAAGCUCGACUUGAUGACGUGGCUGUGCGGAACGCUAUUGGGUUCCACUUCUCGGGACUCGAUAAUGGGCGGCAGGAGGUGGGAAGGGACUCAUUGGUCCUCCUCAAGAACAACAAUGUCAUCAGUCUCUUCGGCGCUCACGCUGGACCGGAAAUCGCUGGACCAAACUUUGCGUUCUCAGUCAUGGGCAUGGACGACCCAUACCAAGGUCAGCUUGCCACUGGAGGCGGAAGUGGUCAAGGCUCUAUGGGCUAUGCUAUCACACCGUACGAAGCGAUCUCGGCAAGGGCCCGAGCGGACGGUGGUAUGAUCCGCUGGCUGAUGAAUGAUACAUUGGAUGGUGGCGGUGGUAUGCCGAGCAUGAGCGAUAACUCUACUAGCGUGGGCGGCGCGCCUGGCGGUGGUGGUUCUAGCUCGGACUCAUCGAUGGCUGGCGGAGGCGGAGGCGGAGGCGGAGGCGGAGGUGGCGGUGGCUUCAGCAUUGGUGGCACUGGAACAGCAUUGACACCAUCAUACGACAAUUACGCUUCCGACUACCGCGAAGGUGUCCACAUCGACUACCGCUACUUCGACGCUCAGAACAAGACUGUUCGAUACCCGUUCGACGGCCUCUCCUACACAACCUUCACAUACACCACCUCAACCCUCGCAUCCAAAAAUACCACGGCCCUCUCCUCAACUUACCUCACCGGGCACCUCGCCCUCGGCGGCACAUCCGACCUCUUCGAUGAAGUUGCGUCCAUCACCGCUUCCGUUAAGAAUACGGGGACUGUAGAGGGUGCGGAGGUCGCGCAGCUUUAUGUUUCGUACCCGGCGGAGGCACAACAGCCGCCGAGGCAGUUGAGGGGGUUUGAGAAAGUGAAAUUACAGCCGGGCGAGGAGAGGGAGGUGACGUUUAGUGUGAGGAGGAGGGAUGUUAGUUUUUGGGAUAUUGUGGCGCAGAAGUGGGCGGUUGCGAAGGGAGUGUAG